AGAAUGCUUUCCGGCGACACCUCCCAAAAUCCCUCCACCGCCGCAAAACCCAAAAGGCGGGUCAUCAAAUACUCAUUCAAACCCAUCGAAAUCUUUCUCUCCUCCCCUGCUUCACCCACCUGCGCCACCACCCAUACCCCCCCGAUAUCAAACCUUCCUCAACAAGAAGAAGAAGAAGACCAAAAUGAGAAUUCCUUCUCUUCAUCGCUUGCCGCAUUUGUUAUAGCCCACAAUGAACAUCUAGCAACUCAUAUUUUACUUCGCUUGCCCCCAAAAUCCCUUCUUCGCUUCCAGUCCGUUUCCAAACAAUGGCAAUCAAUUAUUUCCGACCCCACUUUCCGCCGUCUCCACUCGCGGGGUUGCCCCACUAACACAGCCUCCUGCUCCCCUCCCGGGGUGCUUUUGUUUCCGUUAGAACGUCCCCGUGUUUUUUAUUUCAUUGCGUUCCGCCAGGAGGAGGUAAAUUCAAUGGCCAACAUCGUUUCUCACUUGAAUACUUUCCUUUACGGGCCCCGCAACAUUUCAGCUUUACAUUCUUGCAAUGGUUUAUUAGCUAUAGUGUUUAAUUUCGAUAAUCGUGUAGAAUUUGUGGUUUAUAAUCCCACUACUCGGGAGUCUAAGCUUGUUCCAAUGAUUGAAACUCCACAUAACCGUAAAGUUCUGAAUAUUGUGUUUGAUCCUGAAAAGUCUGAUCACUACAAGCUUGUUUGCAUUUGGUAUGAAAAUGAGGUUCACAGAUUCUCUGUGUAUUCCUCUGAAAAUGGGGUUUGGAGGAAUACUGAAGAGAUGGCUACUGACGAAUUAUAUUAUGAACGGGGUGUGUUAUGGAAUGGUGAUCUUCAUUGGAUUAGUCCGUGGAAUUUCAGUGCGUGCUUUGACGUCAGCAAUGAGCGCCUUAGGCCACUUAGGUACACCAUAAACACGCCCGAGGGCGAGGAAUAUGUAGAUGAUUGGUAUUUUGGGGAGUCAGGGGGCCAUCUCUUUUAUAUUCAUGCAAAUGAACCUCAGGGAACGCUGUUUGAUAUUUUCAAGUUGGAGUUGGAGAGGGACUGUCUUUGUUGGAAUUUCAAGUAUCAUGUUGAUCUUACUCCAUUGACUACUCUGUAUCCACAGAUGAUAACGGAGAAAUAUGAGCUUGAGAAGCCAUGUGCGUUCUAUAUAACUCGUUUUCUUGUGGAUCACAAAGAAAAGACAACAGUGUUUGUGAUAGCACUUACUGGAAAAAUCAUUUCUUGUGAUUUUAACAACUUGACUUUGAUGGAGCUUGCUGAUGUGGAGGUGGAUACAAAGAGAGAUGUCUACAGUUGGUAUUUGGCUUUCCCACAUGUCGAGACACUAGCUUGUCUUUAAUUCCUCUCAAUCUUGUUUUGGCGGGAAGCGACUUAGCAGUCCCUGCAUUUUCCUACUCAUCAAUAGUCAGGUUGGUAACGUAGGGCAAUGGUGAUGUUGUCUUGGACAAGUGUUCAUGUGAAGACAUAUGAUUUUGUCAUGAGGAAUCGAAUAUAACGUAUCUUAGCAGCUCGUAGAUUUUGUUGUUUUCGAGUGCACUGAUACUAUUUUGUUUUGUCAAAAGAAAAAAAAAAUCCUCUUUGCAAAGUUUUUAGAUCCCUCCCUUCCCCCCCCCAAGAAAAAAAAAAACCUAGAUAUCUUUGUCCAGUCAUUGUAUAAAACCAAACAGUAAUCUUUGCAUUGCUUGAGCUCUGAGUAUAUUGAUUACAAUGGCUUCUUAGUA